AUGGAUGUUAUUGAGUGUGCUCGUCUAACUGAUACUAAAAGUACUAAUACUCCUUUUAAAUCCAAUGCUCAUUAUUCACUCUUUGGCGAUGUACCCUUGAUUGAUCCCACUUUGUAUUACACCAUUGUUGAAUGUCUGGUUUAUCCCACCAUCACACGUCUUGAUGUUGCUUAUGCUAUUCACAUUUACUUGCUUUUAGAGUCUUCUGCUUCCCUCAACCUUCCAUUUGGUGCUCUAUGCUUCUCUGAAACUAAUUCGGCCAGUAACCCCACUAAUCAAAAGUCCACUACUGGCUUUUGUAUAUUUUUGGAUGAUUUCCUUAUCUCUUGGAAGAGUAAGAAACAUAUUGUUAUUUCUCGUUUCUCUAUUAAGAUAAAGUAUCAUGCCAUGGAAUCCACCACCACUGGGAUUGUAUGGUUACACUAG